AUGACGCAUUUACCCUCAGAAACCACGGAUUUCCUCAAGAGGACACUAGAGCUAUAUAACACGAUCAGCAUUGGCGAAAUUCACGUAUUCACGAAUGACUUGCAAUACGUGGGAACGUACAACAAUACUGAUCAGCAAGCACAACCAGAGUUAACCGAUGCUCAGGUAGAUACAUACCGGCAAUUAAUUGAAGCAAUAGACUCGAGUAGCAAGAAAUUGGUCAACUUCAGCUCUGGACCAAGUGAAAGAUACAUCUGUCAUGUGUUGGAAAAGUUUGUUAUUUUGUUCCGAUUAAAUGAGGGAGAAGGGGAGAAGGAGAAUAGUGACGCGAAACGGGUGUCACCGUAG